AUGAACAGACGAGGAUCAUUAGCAAUAUCAGCCCUACUGAAUGAAGACACAAUUGAUCCGCUAAGGAAUGACGGCCACAUGCCAAGUGCAUCACUGUCACCUAUCCAAAGCGGCUCGACAUCCCCCACAUCUUCGCAGCUUCCAGAACAUCAAGACACAGCAUCAACCCAAUCACAACUGUCCAAAGCCAAGCGAAAAAGAAUCUCACCAGCACAGUACACUCGAUUGAUGGAAAUAUUUGAUCAAACAGAUACCCCAAGUUCAGAGAUCAGAGAGAAUCUAGCCAUUGAAUUGAACAUGACAAAGAGAGAAGUACAGGUAUUUGCAGCAAACCAUGCGCCGGAAGAGAAAAAAAAAAAUUCACACAGUAAACGACAGGUUUGGUUUCAAAACAGAAGAGCCAAAAUGAAUCGCUCAAAGAACAUGCAUAACAAACGACAGAGACAUGCUUCAUUGAUACCUUAUACAAGCAAUUUCUACCAUUCAAAGCCAAGAAGAGCUUCCGCUUAUCCCGUUAUGGAAAACAACAAUGUCUAUGACCCAUCAUUACCACCACGCCAUCCACAGCAUUUUGCACCACCGCCACCACAAUUACCAUCGCAUCGUCCACAACACAUGUAUCUUCAGCAGCCACCACCACAGCAGCAGCAGCAGUCUAUGAGCUACCCACCCAAUUACAACAGCAGACUGUAUCCAAUUGCCCCUAUGCCCAUGUCAGCAAGCCAUCCCCCUAUGGCGAUUCAAGAGGAAGGCAAUACACACCCAUUGCAAUCAAAACGCUAUAGCCCCUAUCAACAACGCAAACCAUCAGCCAUUGAUUUAUUAGCUUCUGCAGCGGAGUACGUCCGAACUGAUUGCAAAGAAGUGAGCUACUCCAAGACUUAA